CAUUGAGAUUGGACACAAGAAGUUAUAAUUUACAUGGGAAAAGACUCUGUGUAGCUUGUAUAUUGUGUGUGUGGCUCUUCAAAGUUUACAACAUUUGUGUGUCGUCCCAAGCGUAAACAGACUAUGACUGACCUCGUGAUCUCAUAUCUGUACUGAUAUCAGCACUAAGGACCGGACUUAGAGCAGUAAACGACACAGAAAUCCAACAUGGAGCUACCGAUGCUUGUGUUCUGUACCCUCUUGAUGGGUUUAUCCCUGUGGAAAUUGAACAGUUUGGUUCAAAAAUAUAAAACAUACAUCGAACUAUAUACAUCCGACAAAGUGAUCAGAUUUGGAAAGUUUCAUCCGUUAUGGGGACAUUUACAUUUGCUAGUUCCUCUCUUUAAAUUCCAAAUCUUGGUGGAUAAAGGGAUGCGUGAGACAGGACGGAAAGUGUCCUGCUACUGGAUGUCCUUUCUCUACCCAAUCCUCGGGGUGUGUCAUCCAGACACAGUUAAGAUACUCCUUAAAUCAAGUACGCCGAAGAACAAACAGACAGGGGGUGGUUACUUCACGCUUCUGCCGUGGUUAGGUGAUGGACUACUGAUCAGUGACGGUAAGAAGUGGGAAAGAAACAGACGCUUGUUGACACCAGCAUUCCACUUCGACAUUCUCAAAACUUACGUACCCAUCUAUAACAAAGUGUUCGACAUCUUUCUGGAUGAAGUAGAAGUAGCGACCAGUGGCGGUAAAAGUACGGAGAUUCAUCACAGAGUAGGACUCGCUACACUGGAUACUCUGUUACGCUGUGCCCUGUCGUACGAGGAUAACGUACAGGAACAGGGAUCAAAACAUCCCUAUGUAAACGCGGUCCGGAUCCUUACCAACCUCUCAGUCAAGAGAAUAAUGGAACCAUGGUUACACCCAGACAUAUUAUAUAGGUUGUCAUCAUCUGGAAGGACAUUUUUCAAAUAUGCAAAGUUUGUACAUGAGUUUGACGAGAAAGUCAUCAAGGAAAGAAAACAAGCUUUGGCGGCCGACAAGUCAGUCAUAACUAAGCGUCGGCUAGACUUUCUGGAUAUUCUGCUGACCGCACGGGACGAGCAGGGCGAGGGGCUGACCGACCGUGAGGUUAGGGACGAGGUCGACACCUUUCUGUUUGAGGGUCAUGACACGACGGCCUCCUCUCUAAGUUGGGCCAUUUACUCAUUAUCAAAAAACCUGAAAGAGCAACAAAAGGUCUACGAGGAAGUAACGAAAGUACUUGGUGACAGAACACAAGUUGAAUGGUCUGAUAUAAAGGAGCUUUCUCGUCUGGCUUUGUUCCUGAAGGAAUCCAUGCGUAUGUAUUCUCCAGUGCCUUCAGUAGGCCGUAUCACAACAGAGGAAAUAGACCUAGACGGACUCAAGGUUCCCGCCAAUAUGCAGAUAUACGUGUUGAUACAUGCUCUUAACAACCGGGAGGACAUAUGGGGCGACCCCGAGACGUUCCGACCAGACAGAUUUAUAGACGAACCCGAGAAGGAUCCAUACAGCUACGUACCUUUCUCUGCUGGUUCCAGAAACUGUAUAGGGCAACACUUCGCUUUGGAUGAACAGAAAGUCGCUCUAGCAAAAUUAGUGCAGAGAUUUAAGGUACUACCUGACCCUAACCAUGAACCGGAACUAGUUUUUGAACUCGUCAUGCGCUCUAAUAAUGGAAUACGCAUAAAACUUGAGAAGAGAUGACCAGAUGUGCAAUAUGUACGUGUGUACUGUGAGACAUGUUACAUAGUGUUUAGUUAUAAUUACGUACGGUGAUUGUAGGUACCUGGUUGAUGCAUCGACAUCUAGUAUAUUCGCUUCUAUGAAUGUGAACUGUUUCCGUUAAACUGUAUAUGGACAAAAGAGCCGUCGAUGGUAUUACCCAGUAUUCAUUUUGCUGAAUGAGUGAAAAUAUUGUGUGGUGUUCAUAUAAUACAUACCUUUGAUUUGUAUGCGAUAUGUACUUUCAAUAUAACGUAAACAGGGUGUCUGUUAUUAUGAACAUGUUUGUAUAGGCGCAUAAUAUGGUAUGUAUAUACAAUUAAAAAUCAAUUAAAUAUUUAGACAAUUAAACGUAAUCGGUGGUUGGUCCUAUAUUAGCACAACUUGAAAAGAUGGCUGAAAAUUAAUGUAAAACCAUCGCAAAUGUGAAAAAAAAAAUCAACUUGCUGUUAAUGGUGUUUGGUGAGCGCUUUUGAGUCUGAUUCCGACUGUUGAUCUUUUCUGUUCUCAUAUAACACACUUAUUUUCUUAUUUUCACUUUCCAGCAUUUUAUCAAAUAUUGUGCUUCAGUCAUUAGAGUGUUAUGUCACAUCAUUGUGUUGGUGGGUGUGUGCUUGAAAACAUAAUCUGAUCCUAAAAUUCGAAUGAGCAAGAAACUAUAAUAAUGUAAAGCUGCAAUGCCCGAUUUACUUGAACAACACGUAGACACUACAUCAAGAAAUAGCAUGGAUAGGGCUGUGAACGCAAUUAACUCAGUGUCGUUAUGGCACUUCCCUUCGCGUCAAGCAGACAUUUAGGUGUGGGUUGUCUGUUCCAGGAAUAGUGUUAGCGCUGACGAUAUAGAUACUUUGCUAACGAAAAUACUACAGAAUACUAAUAUUUAGUGAACUUAUAUAUCCUAA